GGGUGAUAGCUUCGGCGGGAAAGGAUAGAACCCUAUCGCCAUGAAGAUUUCCUUCGAUUUCCUCGUCGGCGGUUUUACCGUUGGGUGUUCAUUGAGUAGAGAGAAUUUCUCUUUCGCUUCUCUGGAUAGUAGUUUGGUUUCACCAAGUUCUUUACCUUCCACGAAUUCUCUGCUAGCUUCGCUCGUCGCUGCUGUUUUUUCGUUCCUCGCUUUUCGGUAUUGGAGGACAUCGAAGUUUUCUGCAGUUUCUUACACGCUGCCAAUCCCGGAACAGUGCAAAGAGGGAUGGAAGGGCGAGGUUCUUGAGGAGCCUUCUAUUCGGGUAUAGUUAUUGCAACUUCGGGGAAUUGUGUAAUUACUGAUGAAUGGAGACUUCGGCAGUGUGGGUCGGACUAUGAUAUUCAAUGUUACUGCCCAGCGACAGGACGAUUACUUGGCAGGGUUAAGCCGGCGUACCCUGAGGAUAUUGACAAGGUUAUCGCAAGGUCGGCGGCGGCCCAAGAAGAAUGGGCAAAGACGCCUUUCAAUGAAAGAAAGAGGGUUCUGAGGUCUCUUCUUAAGUAUGUAGUCAUACCUAGAUGUUGUGGGGUAGCCGUCUGAUCUUUUCUAGAUAUGUUCUCGCCAACCAGGAUACUAUUAUCACCGCCGCUUGUCUGGACUCGGGAAAAACACGUAUUGACGCUGCCCUCGGGGAGAUUUUAGUAGUUGUUGAAAAAAUCAAGUGGGUCCUGGACAACGGGGAGCAGGCAUUGAGGCCGGAGCGGAGGAGUGUCUCUUGGCCUUUGAUGUGUUACAAAAAGGCGGAAGUGAGAUAUGAACCUCUGGGAGUUGUUUGUGCUUGCGUUUCUUGGAAGUAAGUAAAUUAUUUAUCGUCCUAAUUGCUGUACGCUAACCCCUGCUCUUCCUAGUUAUCCGGUAAGAAUCCCCCUCAAAGAUUCCUAUACAGGGCAAAUAUGGACCCUAACGGAUCAAUAGUUUCACAAUCUCCUCUGCCCUAUGAUUAGUUCUAUAUUCGCAGGAAAUGGAAUUAUUGGUAGGUUGCGGGAUAGAGCUUGAAUAGAUAUACCUGAUUUGGGGUAUUUGUGUUAACGGUUGGCACAGUUAAGGGAAGUGAAAACACAGCCUGGAGUUCUGAUUACUUUGUUUCCACCAUUAAAGGCGCUCUUGCUGCCUGCGGGCACAAUGCAGACCUUGUUCAGGUAUGUAUAACGCAAUUGCAGAUGACGGGGUUGAACUCAUAAAGAUCGAAUAGUCUAUCACGUGCUGGCCAGAAGUUGCCCCUCAUCUCACCUCUCAUCCUGGAAUCGCUCAUAUCACUUUCAUUGGAUCCCGCCCAGUUGCCCAUCGCGUGGCUGCAUCCGCUUCUAAAUCAUUGACCCCCUUGUGUAUUGAAUUGGGUGGUAAAGACGCGGCUAUCAUUCUUGACGACGUUCCAAAUAUUAAAGCGCUAUCCUCGCUUCUUAUGCGUGGUGUGUUCCAGAGCGCUUCUCAGAACUGCAUCGGCAUUGAAAGGAUAGUGGUCCUCCCAGAAGUAUAUUCGGAACUCGUCGGAAUACUUGAAGAAAGGAUCAAGAAAAUCCGGCCAGGAUCUGUCCUCGACGGCGAUGAAGUCGAUUGUGGCGCUAUGGUUUCCGCGGCUGGGUUUGACAAAUUGGAAUCUUGGAUUGAGGACGCUGUCAGAAAAGGUGCUAGAUGUUUGGUUGGUGGUAGAAGGCUGAUUCACCCAAAAUACCCUCGGGGUCAUUAUUUCUCACCCACACUUCUCGUCGACGUAACCGAGGAUAUGCUAAUCGCCCAGAACGAAACUUUCGCCCCUAUAUGCGUUCUCAUGAGGGCAAAGGAUGUUACACAUGCUAUCCACCUGGCAAACUCGACUGAGUACGGUCUUGGUGGUUCAGUUUUUGGAAGGAACAAACAAAAUCUCGAUCGUGUCGUGAAAGAAUUUAAGAGCGGAAUGGUGUCUGUCAAUGACUUUGGGGUAUAUUAUCUGAACCAGUCAUUGCCCUUCGGAGGAGUUAGAGGGUCUGGGUAUGGUAGGUUUGCUGGCGUGGAGGGUAUGAGAGCCGUCUGCAAUGUUAAGGCGGUUUGUGAGGAUCGGUUUCCCCGAUUGAUCAAAACUGCUAUUCCCCCAGUUGUUGAUUAUCCGAUCAGAGACGGCAACAGAGCCUGGCGAUUCACUAAAGGUAUGAAUGCAUGCGCCUUGAGUUCUUGCCAUCUAAUUAAAGAUUGCUCACUAACCUACGUGUGAUGUAGGGUUGAUCGAGCUAGCGUACGGGGAAAGCUGGGGGAGAGUUGUCGGUGGUUUGUGGAAACUGCUCUCGAAUAUGUGAACAUGUGUUGGGCCCGCUGCGGACAAGUUCUUAUUGAGACUAUGUGUGUGUAGUUGUUUUUCCCCGAGCGCCCUGCCUAUACUGCUAUUGAGGAUUUUCCCUAUGCGUCGAAAGAUGUUUUGCUCGUCUGUCCGGUUGUAUGAUACUGUAUCUACCCUUCCAUCGCGAGGUUCAAUUUCAUGUUCAGAGGAAGUCGAUGUCAUUUAUCCUAAUAAAAUUAUCAAAAUGAACGAUAGCUAUCAGGUUUCCGUCCCGUAUCAAUUGCCGCAGCAUCCAGGAUACCGAUACCUUGGUACCGGAUUAAAGAUCGGGGGUGUGUGCCACGGUGGGCGGUAUGAACAACUCAGACCUCAGAUACGGUACUCGUAUGGUGCUAGCGUAAAUGGAGGGAGCUCGGAGCGGGGAAAGUCAUAACAGAAAUGUCGGAAUGAAUGAAUAUAAUUCGAUGGACUUCUGUACUGCAUGAUAAUAUUAUGACACGAGUGGACAUAUUGCUGUGUGAUCAUGAAAGUGUUUGGUCCACUGUGGUCUAUUGGUGUCUACCAUCACCACGAAGACCUAGACUAC